GGUCAUGUGACCUCUCCCUGUCUGCUGAUAGGUGGGCAGUACGAUCGCUAUGGCAACCUGAAGCAGUGGUGGACCGAAGACUCGUACAGGAAGUUCCAGAAGAAGACGGAGUGUAUCGUCAAACUCUACGACAACUUCACUGUGUACAACCAGAGGGUGAACGGGCGUCUGACGCUGGGUGAGAACAUCGCUGAUCUGGGCGGACUGAAAUUGUCUUAUUAUGCGUAUCAGAAGUGGGUCCGUGAGCACGGCCCUGAGCGUCCUCUUCCAGGACUCAAGUACACACACGAGCAGCUGUUCUUCAUCGCGUUUGCUCAGAACUGGUGUAUGAAGAGGCGAUCGCAGUCGAUUUACCUGCAGCUGCUGACGGAUAAACACGCACCUGAACACUACAGGGUCAUCGGCAGCGCGUCGCAGUUCGAGGAGUUCGGCCGAGUGUUUCACUGCCCCAGAGGAUCACCCAUGAACCCCGUCAACAAGUGUGCCGUCUGGUGACCUUUGACCCUCGUGACCUCGCGACCCCGAGCUGCUCGACAUCAUCAUCCGAUCACGACGCCGUUCGAUGUUUACAGCAUUCCACCGGAAAUCACCCUCAUGUGCCAUAACUCCUUCUUUUCAAAUGUUUAUUUUUAUAUUCUGAUGCGGAGUGUGUUAUUUGAGUCAUGUUUGUAC